AUGUCUUCGACUUCACAACUUCCCCCGGCUUCCACUCGCCAACACAACUUUGAGCAGGCCGUCGCCUACGCGCUACACCUCUGGCCCGCGCUCACGCUCUCCGUCGCCAACGGCUGGGGCGGCCCCGAGUCCGCCGAGAAGCGCGACUGGUUCGCCGGCGCCAUCGUCGAGCUCUUCCCCGAAUUCACCGACACCCCCGCGCCGACCACAUCCACCACCACCACCACGCAGACGAGGACGACGACCGCCGCGGACGAGGCCGACACGGAAGACGUCGAGACGGUGCUGCUGCAGGUGAUGGUGGACGAGUUCGAGGUCAACGUCGACGACGACUCGGCGCUCGAGGUGGCGCAGCAGAUCGUCCGCGCGCGCGCGCAGUGCGCCGCCGGCAUGUUCGACGAGACCAACGCGCUGGCGGAGCGCUUUGCGCGGCUGAAGGGCGGCGACAGGGCGGCGGUAGGGCAGAUGUUCAAGCAAGGCGAGGACCCGAACCAGGACACGGACGACGAGCCGGACGAUGAUAGCGAUGACGAGGACGAGGACGGCGACGUGGACAUGGGGGAGGCGUCUGCGCCGGCGGCGGCCCCUAAGCAAAAGGCCGAGCCGCAGGUUGACGAAGACGGCUUCACCAUGGUGACGAAGAAGAGGUAG